CGCGGGGCGGGGCGGAGCGGGGCGGAGCGGGACCGUCAUGCCAGCGCUGCCCGGCGCCACCGCCAGUACGACGGCUGCUCGCCCCAUGGCGGCCCGCAGUAGCACCAUGACGGCCGGACGGGUCUACGACAUCGUGGUGUUCGGCGCCUCGGGCUUCACCGGCCAGUUCGUGGUGGAGGAGGUGGCGCGGGCGGCGGCGGCGACGGCUGCCGGCGAGGGGCAGCUGUGCAGCGGCCGCCUGCGCUGGGCCGUGGCCGGGCGGAGCCGCGAGAAGCUGCGGGCGGUGCUGGAGCGGGCGGCCGAGCGGCUGGGGAAGGCGGCGCCCGGGGAGGAGGUCGGCGUGCUGCUCUGCGAUGUGGGCGACGCGGGCUCGCUGGCCGCCAUGGCGAGGCAGACCCGGGUGGUGCUCAACUGCGUGGGCCCGUAUAGAUUCUUUGGAGAACCUGUGGUAGAAGCUUGUGUUGAAAAUGGUGCAAGCUGCAUUGACAUUAGUGGAGAACCCCAGUUCCUGGAAGGAAUGUACCUGAAAUACAAUGAAAGAGCUGCAGAAAAGGGAGUAUAUGUCAUUGGAAGCUGUGGCUUUGACUCCAUACCGGCCGAUAUGGGAGUACUGUACACCAGAGACAAGUUGAAAGGUACCUUAACUGCUGUUGAGAGUUUCCUGUCGGUGAAAUCUGGGCCUGAGGGUCUUGGUGUACAUGAUGGGACCUGGAAAUCAGCUGUCUAUGGCCUUGCAGAUGAAGCCAACCUGAAGAAGCUUCGAAAACAGAUAGGAUAUGCCCCUGUUCCAGUAGUUGGUGCAAAGCUUAAAAAAAGAGGAUUUAUGUUUUACAGUCCAGAAUUCAAGGAGUAUUGCAUUACAUUCAUGGGAUCUGAUGGUUCUGUUGUGAAAAGGACUCAGCGUUAUUUGUACACCGAGUUGCAGCAAACACCUGUCCAGUAUGGUGCUUACGUGACUGUAGGUGGUCUUGGCUCUGUUAUCAAGCUAAUGUUUCUGGGAAUGUUAUUUCUUCUUUUGGUGAAGUUUAACUUUGGAAGAAAACUUCUGACAAAAUACCCAGAAUUUUUCUCUGCUGGACGCUUCACAAAGAAAGGACCAACCCAGAAGCAGAUGGAUGGAACCUCUUUUACAAUGACUUUUUUUGGUGAGGGUUACAGUGAGGGACAAGAUCUCCAGAACGGCAAACCAAAUGUGAAAAUCUGCACUGAAGUGAAAGGACCAGAGCCUGGAUACAUCGCUACACCAAUUGCAAUGGUUCAAGCAGCUCUAUCUCUUCUGGAAGAUACAGCUUCUCUGCCUAAACGGGGUGGUGUAUAUUCUCCAGGAGCUGCCUUCUCAAAAACAAAACUGAUUGAUCGCCUCAACAAGCGUGGUGUUGAGUUCUCUGUUAUUAGCAAGCCUGAAGUCUGAAGUCAGAACGUAACUGUAUGAACUAACACCUUUCCUGGGUCUAACUCUAAUAAAACCCAUGUGGCUGCAAAAGCCUAAUCAUAAAACAGUUUCAGCUAUUGUUUGUAGCAGAAACAGAAGAAAAUUCCAGUUAAAAGCUAUAAUAAUAUUUGCUAUAGUGAGCAAACCCCUGAAGGGUGGGUAUUGAGUUAAUUCACAGACAUAUUGGUAGCCUCUUGGGUCCUAAUUCUGGAAUCUUAAUCUCAUUCAUCUAAGUUCAAGUUCCUACUUCAGGACCCACUAUAGCAUCUGCUUCACAAGUAAGCACAGCUGCCUUGCUUCGCCCCAUUAUGCAACUAUGUAAAGCAGGCAGCCUGGAAACAGAAGUGCCUUAGCAGAUAAGCUACUAGUUAUUCCUAAUGUGUGUUUGGUAUAUGUCUUCAUUAACACCUUCAAUUAAUCUUUAUUUAAUAAUGGUUCUUAGUGCAGAUCUAUGUGUAGUUUCUGUAGUUAGGUAAGUAGUCAUGAACUGUAUUGUGCUUUUGCUUCUGUAAAGAAGGAGGCUUGUUCUGUUGAUUGCUUUUGGAGUCUGACCUGAUGUGAUCCAGGCUCUGGGUGCACUGGCCUGUUUCACACUACCUGAUACUGUGGUUGAUGAGCCUGCUUUUUGCUGUUAGCCUCAGAAUUAUGAGAGUGUCUUGUCCUGCUGUCUUAUUUCUGGGUUUGUAUUUGUGGGCAAUGGAAGCCUUGAGUCACAGGAGUAUUUGAAAGGUAGCCUUUAUGAUUUUCAGGACUGUGAAUGCAUUAAAUUCUGUUUCCAUGUAGAAGCUUUUUUUGUUGUAUCCGUAGAACUUGUGAAAACUAUGAAAGUUACUCUGAGAUACUUAAGGUCAUAAAAGUCUCUGAUCUCCCUCA